AUGGCUGACUCUGGUAUUCAUUCUGCUGUGGGGACACACACUCCAAGCCUGAGUAGCAAAAUUGGUAUAGACGAUGGCGAUGGCGAUGAUCGCUAUCCGAGGACGUGUUCAUUUACUCAGUGGCCAUCGUUUCCUCUAUCGGCUAAUCAAGGAGACUCUUCUUUACUUUCGCCUGCUACGCCAAGCACUGGCAGUGUGAUGGGUGUAGACAAUCUUGGAGAUACACCGGGUGGUUCUCACUCCGCGAGCAAUGUUGACCUCCGGGGAAAUAAGCUGCCAGAUAUCGAUACAGACGAAGCAGCUAGUGCUAUUCCGGAUUUGGUAAAACUUAUCAAAGAUGAGGAUGAUCAAGUGGUCAUAUAUCAAUCUUCGAUGAUGGUUUUCCAGCUGAGCAAAUCGGAGGCUAUUGAUGCCUUAAUUCGGUCUAGUGAUAUGAUUGAGUGCAUCAUAUCAGCACUCGAUCGAACGGAUGAUCCGGAAACUGUUAGAUUCCUAUCGGGAACCCUUUAUAAUAUGUCCCAGACUCAAACUGGUUUAAAGGUAAGCUUAUUAAUUUUGCUUCUAUUGAAACUUUUGAACUCUCCGAUCGAAUCAGUAUUGUUUUACGCAAUCACAACUCUUCACAACCUCCUAUUACAUCAAGAUGGAGCCAAAAGCGUUGUGCGUCAAAGCGGCUGCCUGCAGAAAAUGACAGUAUUGCUGCGCAAAAACAACAUCAAAUUUCUGACAAUCUGUACUGAUUGCCUUCAGAUUCUUGCAUACGGACACCAAGAAAGCAAGCUUCAGAUUCUUUCCAGUGGUGGCCCAGUGGAGUUGGUACGCAUCCUUGGCUGUUAUCAAUACGAAAAACUCUUGUGGACUACCGCGCGUGUACUAAAAGUGUUGAGCGUUUGCACGUCAAACAAACCGGCAAUUAUAUCUGCAGGAGGAAUGGAGGCUUUGGCUAAGCACUUGCAUAGCUCUAGUCAUCGCCUGGUGCUGAAUUGUUUAUGGGCCUUACGGAACCUUUCCGAUGCUGCCACGCGACUGGACAAUCUUCAUCCUCUUCUUCAUUCACUCGUACAGUUACUUGAUUGUGGUGACUCCAGCAUGGUGACAUGCGCUGCUGGCAUUCUAUCCAACCUUACUUGCAACAAUCACACUAAUAAAUUCAUUGUGCACAAGCUCGGUGGCAUCCAGGCUCUGCUGCGUGCUGUGGGUCAAGUCGGUGCUAAAGAAGAUAUUUUGGAGCCUUGCAUGUGCGCGCUACGUCACCUCACUAGUCGACACGAAGAUGAAGAGACAGCCAGACACAUUAUUGUCCAUGAACUCUCUGGACUUCCGAUUGUUGCGCGGAUAUUGCAUGCUGCUACGGCUGGCAUUUGCCAGGAGCUUGGUCUUGUAUGUCAACCUCCUCAAGCUCCUGUCACCUCGUGGAUGCUAAUCAAAGCCAUGGUUGGUCUUUUGCGCAACCUCUCUGUCAAUCUGGAUAGUCACUCUGGNGGCAUGCGUGAAUAUGGACUGGUUACGGGACUAUUCCUCCUCUUGUACGCAACACAGCAUGAAAUAAUCAAGGUUAGUAUCAAAGCCAUGUCUAUAUGUAGUUAA